GUUUAUUAUUGUUACAUAACACCGAAUGUGUUUCAGGUAACAAUUUAAUGAUAAUAACAUUGAUGUAAACUGUAUACUAAAGCAAGUUCAGUGUAAUAAGCUCGGAAUAACGUACGAGACUAGAUUCGAUCACACGUCCUUGCGGCCUAACUCAACCACUUUAACCGACUAAUUGCUUAGAAGUCCAAGACCAUUAAUUAAUUAUUAAUCCUACUAUUUUUUCAGCCUCUAUAAAUUAAUAGAGACAAACUCUUCAGAAUGUGCGAGUCUAUAACAAUUACCUUCAAAAGAUUUUCUGGUGUAUAGUUUGAGUUUGCUUUUUGAGAAAAACGAAAUAUCGAUGGAUUUAAUAUUAUCAUCGAAAAAAGCUGAUAAAACCAUAGUGGAAGUUGAAGGAGUUGGUGGAUACUACACAUGGUCAAGUAGCCAAUUUCCCGUUCUAAGCCAGAAACAAAUAGCAGCUGGAUUAUUACUUCUUCAGCCUCGUGGCUUAGCUUUACCUCACUAUGCCGAUUCCUCUAAAAUUGCUUAUGUUUGUGAAGGUGAAUGCAUUGCUGGACUGAUCUCACCAGAAGAUUCAAAAGAAGAAGUUGUAAAAAUACAAAAAGGGGAUACUAUACCAGUAACCUUGGGAACAGUGUCAUGGUGGUACAAUGUUGGUGAUUCUAAACUCACUAUAAUUUUCUUGGGAGAAUCGUCUGAUGAAUACACACCUGGAGAAUACUGUUAUUUCUUUUUAACAGGAGCUGCUGAUAUACUAAAUGGAUUCCCUAAUGAAGUAAUUGCUAAAUCUUUUCACAUGAAAAAAACUGAAUCUGAAAAACUCAUGAAGGAUCAAAGUAGUUUGAAUAUAUUAAUUAAGGUAAAUGAAGGUAUACCAAUUCCAAACCCAUCCAACAGCGCAAAACGCAAGUUGGUUUACAGCUUGUAUGAUGCAAAGCCUUGUGUUGAUGUAAAAAACGGUGGAGUUUUAUCUUCGGUGAGUGGUAAGAAUAUAGCGUUGCUUGGAGAGAUUGGAUUAAGCGCGAAUCGCCUAGUUUUGGAACGUGGUGCUGUACUUGGUCCGAUAUUUACAGCAGAUUCGUCUAUUCAUUUGAGUUAUAUUACAAAAGGAAGUGGACGUGUUGUAAUUGUGGGACUUUCUGGUAAAGUUGUGUUGGAUACAAAAGUGGAAGAAGGACAACUGUUUUUUGUACCAAAAUUCUUUCCAUUUGUAGUGGAAGCUGAUGAAGGAGGGAUCGAAUUAUUCUCCCUGAAAACAUCGUCAAAGCAAACAUACGGAGAAUUAUCGGGUGGGAAAAAAUCAAUUUGGGAAGCAGCAUCUCCAUCAAUUUUGGAGGCCUCUCUAAACAUGACUCCGGAUUUGACCAAGUCUUUUAAGUCCAAGAUUGCUAAGGGUUCAGUGAUUGCUCCACCUUCAACUGCUUAAGUAAUUACUUGCUUGUUAGACAUAUGAGUUUAACAAGUGCAUAAUAAUAUAAUGUAUAUGUAAUUAUAAGCUGAAAAUAAGACCGAUGAUGAAGUUUCUGUGUGUGGAAACUUUGCCUGAAUGCAUGCUUAUAUGCAUGGAUUAUUUCUUAUACUAUAUGAUAUAAAAGGAAAAUAAAUCUUAUUAAA